GUUUGUUCUUUACAUGGGAAGCAGCCUGUCUUCAAACUGUAUUCGCGCUAGUGCAUGACAAGUACGGAGACGACAAAAGCUGGAAUAUGGCAAGUACAUCUGGAAAGUAAAGAAGCUUUGACCGAACUCCCCCGAGAAGUUUACUCGCACAGCUUCUGGCUUACCGGGCAGGAAGAAGAGCAAGGUAAAACCACUUUUUCUAAGCUUUAGGAACUUUAGGUUACGGUGCCAUCGAAUAUUUUUUAAUAGGUAUCAUUGGCGAAUAUUGAUACAUAAUUGAGUGAGAAGGAGUGGUGGACUUGCAAGACUGCUUGCAUCCAUACCCGCAUGCUGAGGUUUCAGAGACAGAGGCCCUUGGUUUACAUCAAACGUGUUGUGAAUUCGCAGCGGUUUUUGGUCUUGGAUGGUCAUGGAUAGCAUUGGCGAGUCCAAAGUCCUAAGAGUCAGUUUGAAAACUUGCACUCAGGAUGAGGAGAACGAAGAUGAUGAGCCACCAUCCCACUCGCGAAAGCAGCCCACCGAGGCAUGGGAAGCACGGCCAUAUUCAAGUCAAUCUACCGCAUCUACUUUUGCCUCAACGGGAAAGCACCAGGAUGCGGCCUCAGGGUACUCCGUCCGGCCUACGAGUUCUACCUCACAGAUGAGUGGCUUUACGCCUUCGACCACACCCGGCUCAAAAAGGUCAACAGCCUCCAGAAGGAGCCGGCUGUCCAGAAGUGGAUCGCUCCCCAGUUCGGCAGGCAGCCCCGAAGCAUUGCGGGAGGCCGCACUUUGCGCGUCAGGAAUCCCACGGCCGAGUUCUCGAGAAAUUGCGCUGAAUGAUGUUAAACUGGAGGAUGCGCGGCAACGCGCCACAAAAUCGUUGGAAGUUUUGCAAGCCAAAUUACGUGCAUCUCGAGCAGACUCUGUGCCUUCGGAGGAGACAAAGAGCACCAAGACAAAGAGCGUGCGGCUCCAGGACCCUGCCUUUGCAGCUCCUGGACCGGCGCGAGGAGGCCAAGCAUGGGCAAGAUACAAAGGAACACCAGCUGCAAGCAGCCAAGAGCUUCUUUUCUCAGCUUCUGGCAGGAGCGCAGGUGAAGCACUGACAGAGGCUCAAAGAACUUCGCGCUUGGAAAGGGCACCUCAGGUUGAGCAAGGUUGGCGAACAAGAGGCGGCAUGCUGAAGCCUCAACCCUCAGUAUUAGGUCAACGGUAUGCAGACGCUGCCGACGGCGUUUAAUUAAGCAACGGCUGCUUCAAGAAUUAAGUUAUAACCCUUGCGGGGUCCUUGCGUAUCACAAGCAAGACUGGGAAGUUGCGUGCAUCCAUCCCUU